UUCCGUAAUUACCGGUCGAACUGGUUUUCCUUUAUCUCUUACCGAGAAUACGGUAUAAAAUGCUUUUGUCUGUGCAGCAGCUGACCCAGACAGUUUUCGUCGCCUGAACUUCGUCGGAGAACCCCGAAAAACUUUUUUUUCCAUUUUAUUCCUCGCCGGAGAUUUUCCGACGAUACCGUAGUCGUAGGGAGCAUAAAAUUUUCAAGAUGGCAGAUGAUGAGAAGGAGGGAUCUGAGACUACUACCCGUGGGGCUGAAUGGGAAGUUGUGUCACUUACAGCCUCAACAUAUGCUGCUGCCCCUGGUCCUGAAGGAUUUGAACCAAACAAUGAUGUGAAGGGGAAUGGUGUCUAUGGGAAUGAAGAUGAAGACUCUCGUGCCUUGUUCAGGUCUGGUCACUUUGUAUUUCCACCUAGCCAGCAUGAAAAUCUGCCAUUAGAGCCUGAUAAUAGCGAGAUCCAUGAUGGACCCAGUGGUGAAGACAUGCGUUUUAAUGAGGAACCUGGAAUUGAUGUGGAGGAAGGCACUAGAUCAAGUGUGAAAAAUGAAGACAAUUUGGAUAUCGAAGGGUUGGCGGUACCGGAUGAUUUGCCUGGGAUUCAAUUCUUUGAUGAAAAGGGUAAUAGGUUAUCUGUUCAUGCCACAGAGUUUGAGGAAGGUACUGCUUUGCAAGGGAUAAAUUUGGUCCAUGAGGAGCAGAGCAUAUAUACCACAUCUAAGUUUAGUUCCUUACAAGGUGAAGCAGAUAUUGGUGGGUCUACUUUGUAUGAUGACAAAGUAGUUACAUCUGACAAUGAUCCUUCCAAGCGAAGCUUUGGUUCUGCUUCAGAUUUGUCAAGGUCAUUAGAUCCUACAAAAGAAAACAAGUUUAAUGGGUCUGGCCUUCCCUGUGAAGCAUGGUGGAAGAGACGGGUGGCUUCUUUGUAUUCUCAUGCAAAGCAGGCAAAUGCAUUUUGGUCUGUUUUUGUUGCUGCUUCUUUGAUGGGUCUGGUAAUUCUUGGGCAGCGGUGGCAGCAGGAAAGAUGGCAAAUUCAACAGCUUAAGUGGCAGUUCAGCAUCAGUGAUGAGAAGAUGAACCGAAUGCUGGGUCCAAUUUCUCGAUUUAAAGAUGUGAUUGUGGGUGGCCAUCGUCGGGGUUCAGCGAUCAAGGGCAGCACUGCCGCCGAGCGUUAGGAUGAUGACGAAAAAAGAGGGGGGGAGGGGGUGAUAUGCUGUUCAUUCUCUUAUUCUUCUAACUGUAAGAUACAUCUAUUCCGUUGACAUGAUAUUAUUUAUCAUGGUUCAGUUAUUAUUGUGCUUAGCAGUGGGCACUUUGGUAUAUAACUGUUUUACUUGCAAAGCCUUGGGAUUUAUGGAGAAACAAAAAAAAAAACUUUUACUGGAUGAAGGGUCUUUUUCUUC